CGACAUUCGACGUCACGAUUCCAGGCUGUCUCUCGAGUCACCCCAGGGGCAUUAGUCACGCAUCGGCCCUCCAGGGGUCGAUGCUGUCUGGAUUAGAUAUAAAGGAAUCGGCCUAGGACUUCCACGUCGUUUGCAUUUGCCACACUUCACGCUACCCAUCAGUUCCCGGACAACAUGACACAUAAUCAACGCGGGCAUCUCCUCUACCAGCAACCACAGCAACACUACGACCUCCCGCUCACCUUCCUCGACCUACCACAACAGGCGGCGCCGCACUUCAAUUCCAACGAUCUGGGUGACUUCAAUUCUGAACUCGAUUUCGACUUUGGCAACAAGCUCAACUACAACAGCGUGGCUUCGUCACCCCUUUCGACGCACUCGCUGCUAUCUCAGUACUCGAGCCUUACCUCGUCGCCUUUGUCCGCCUUUGACAGCAUACCUACGCCGACUCUCGAAGAGCCGUCUUUGUUCCAGCCCCAGCAACAAAGCGGCCAGGUCGCGCCAGAGUCAUCUGCGCCCUUUACGAACACGGGCACGAUGCAAACGGAAGCGUGGAUGGCAAACGGCCAGCUGACGCCUAGGUCGGUCGGCCGCUUUUCGCACCAGCGGGAAUCCUCUCGGUCAUCAAUGGGAUCCAACGGGCCAGCUUCGCCCUUCUCGCACAACCUUGCGAACCCCCAGAUUGCCGUGAACGACUCGGUUGGCGACGGCUUUCACCACUUUGGCGGUGCUGAAGACCUCAACAACUACCAGCUGGCGCCAAAGUCGUUUCCCGGAGUGACGCACGACAGCUUCUAUACCACGCUUCCAACAGGCUACGGGACCACCAACGGCAGCGGCAUUUCAACAUACCCGUAUACCGUUCCGAGGCGCAGGAACGAGGGAGGCCUACUAGCGCCUAGCGAGCCCACGAUUGGGCCGGUCAGGUCACAGCCCGUAUCGGUGACAAGCUCCGUAGCAUCUGAUUCACCUGCCACGCCGGCAGGGGAGCCUGAAGAGGACAGAAAGAGCAACACUGCAGCCAUCCCGCCUGUACCCAAGCUCGAUCGCACCAUGACCGACGCGUACACGGACGAGCUGUACAGCCCCGAUUUCACCAUCACGUCGUCUUCGUCGGGUCAUCCGUCAAUAUCGCCAACCAGCGACCUCUUCAACCAGCGGCUUCAGGCUGCCAACCAGUUGAACCAGUACCUCCAGGCAUCCACCAAGCAGCAUCUGUCGGCCGCGACGAACUCACCUGUCACGACGAGUUCUCGGGAUCGGUCGCCGUUGCGUCCGGAGUCGCCCCUACCUCCCCCCCUCCCUCUCGAGACCCCAUCCUCGAUAGGGCAGACUCAGAUGGGCUUCGGGUCCCAACAGCGGAUCAGGCAGCAGAACCAGGCCAUGCGAGAUCGGGAGAUGAUGCACCAGCAAAUGGCGCGGUCGGCCGCGGACACCUCGACGCCUCAGACAAUCUCACCCAAGGACGCGAUGCUCGAGUACCGUGAGCCUGAGGGUGAUGCGAAUUUUCCGCUCUUCCCUCCGCAAGACAGCAACGGGUUUAAUGCCGAUGCCAUCAACAAGGCGGCUGCCGCCCAGAGUCAGCAACUGUUCGCUGGGCUUCCCAUGGAUACAAACGCGUUGAACAACCUAUAUUCGUCAACGAUACACGUUCCACAGCGAUUUCCGUUCGUCGCUCAGCCGAGGCCACAAAGUGCUGUCCCUUCGAUGAGCAACGCCUCGGCAGCAACGACGAGACUAGGGUCCGCCGACACGGCGGCAACCGAGUCGGUACACAGCGGCACUCCUCAACGUCCGGCCGAUACGAGUGCUCACGGCGGCACGUAUACCUGCACUUACCACGGCUGUACCAUGCGGUUUGACACACCGGCGCUGCUGCAAAAGCACAAGAGGGAGGGCCACAGGCAGGCACACGGUCUUGGCGGGCCUCGGCGGCCGGACGGAAGCGCCGGCAUGACAUCGAGUCUCUUCAACACGCAAGCUGGGCCGCACCGAUGCGACCGGAUCAACCCAAGUACAGGAAAGCCCUGCAACACAGUGUUUUCCAGACCCUACGAUCUUACCCGGCACGAGGACACCAUCCACAAUGCGCGCAAGCAGAAGGUGCGCUGUGAUCUGUGUACCGACGAGAAGACAUUCAGCCGUGCCGACGCACUUACCCGGCACUAUCGCGUGUGCCACCCCGAUGUCGAAUUUCCGGGCAAGCAGCGCAGGCGCGGGGGCCACAGUGGGUGA